UCCUCAGCAGUAGUUGGACUGGAAGGGAUGGAGCUGCGACGCUGAUGUUGUUUUCUCCGCCACAUAUUGAUAUGAACUGUCGACCCAGCCGUAACGACGUGAGCUGCUCGGAGCCUUCUGCAUGGGAAACCACCGUGAAUGGACUACCACACCACCGAAACAACACAAGCCAACCUUUUAAUUUCAUUGAGGAAAAGAAAAACAACAGCUGUCUACAUUUUUGCCAGCGAGGAAAGCGCGCGGGGAUGCUUCGCGCUGGUAGUGUAAAACGCGCGCGCUUAAUGAUAAGUAUUUAGACAAGUAGCUAAUUAACUAGUAAUUACAUAAGUGGUAUUUAAACCGCAAGUGUGGUUCGCGUGUCUGCCAGUCGGCUAAAAUUAGAACAACGCGCUGCCAACGAAGGACACAGUAGUCUUUAUUCAGUAGGAUAUUUUUCAUCAACGCACCUUGGAUUUCAGUCGUUAUCACAAAGCAAGUGUGGAGCCCAGGACGAGGUCCAAACAAUUUAAGACAGACCUGAAUCGGAGAGAGAGAUGACCCUAGUUUUGUCCAUGAAUCCUUUCCUGGACUCAGAGGGAGACUCUCCGCUCUCCACAUACAAGCCUAUAUGGGAAUCGGAGCGUUGCACUAAGACCUGCCUGUCGAACCCUGCCCCACCAUGCAGUUCUGAAGAGAAAUUUACACAAGAACCGCCCUGCAGGCGAGUUCCUGAUCAUGUUUCAGUAUCAAGGAUUGCAUACUUCAAGAGGAAGUUUGUUGAUGAUGAUGAUGAGCCUCCCUUCAGCUUCAGGACAUACUGCCAGACUGUUGCCCCAGUCUUGGAGGAGCGUGCCCAUGUGCUGCGCCUCUCCCUGGAGAAGAUGCGGUUCAUUGACGACCCUGAGGCCUUCCUCCGACGCUCCGUCCUCGUCAACAAUCUCCUUCGGCGCCUGCGAACUGAGAUUCUGCUCCAAAGCACUGACUGGUGCUUCCCACCCAACCCAGCAUUUACCACUGGCCCCUGCGUCCCAGCACCCACCACUAACGCUGCUCACCAGGCACUCCGCGGAGCAGUACCCACCCGGAUCUGUUUAGCACCCCAAGCCGGACCGCCCUUCCGUAAGCGCUUCCGAAUGGUCCGUGGAGGACAGGGGGAUCUACGCCCUGACUGUGCCCAGACAUGCUGCUGCAUCUACGCAGCGGCCGCUGCUGCAGGACACUAUCUCCACCUCCCAUUCUCCAUGUACGAUGCAGCACUCUCGACCUGCCCAUCCACACCACACUCCUCCUCUUUUUUUCAGCUAGCUAGCCAUAGUAAGUUAGGGCUGACAAUGGCCAUAGAAGAGCAUGAUGGGGAGGAUGAAGAUGUUGAGGAGGAAAAUGAAGAGGAUGAAGAGAGGGAAUUGGACGAGGAGGAGGAGGAGGAGGAGGAGGAGGAGGAGGAGGAGGAGGAGGAGGAAGAAGAGGUUGAUAGAAGAGAAGCUGGGCCUUCCCUUGAUGUUGUCAAGGACAAGUCAAGACAGAAAAGUAGGACUAGAAACUUGCUGGGUCACGCACAUACAAGGACAGAGGAGGACAGCUGCAUGACAGAUAGGGUAGAGGAGGAAGAGGGAGAGCAAGAGGAGGAGGAGGAAGAGGAGGAGGAGGAGGAAGAAGAGGAGGGGCGGGUUGUGAGACCAUGUCAGUGGGACUCUACUGCCACAGAAAGGGAGCUCCACAAGGUCAGCUUUUGGCGCCGCAGGGCUCAUAGACAAUGAUUACGCUUAGAAAUUAUUACUAUAUAUUACUUACAUUCUCUCUUAGAAAGAAAAGUUAAUGAUGACGACAACUGUCAUCAGUUGAAGAUUAUUUUUCCUCCUAUCAGCAGAAGGUGUGAGAUACCUACACUAUAGUAAUGCCAAGUCAGCUUUAUUUUAAUGGUCUAAUAUACUCCAGGAUUGCACACAAAUAAAUUCCAUUCAACUAUAUUGUCAGUGUUAUGGUCAAAUAAAAAAAAUACACAGACAGUUCUUGGCAACUGUUGGCACUGGGAAGUUUUCUCAAACAACUACGUAGGCUAAGGUCACAUAUGAUGGGAUCCUAAAUCCCUACGGUGAAGUGAAGGGUCUCCAAGACCAUUUUCAAGCCCCACAGCAUAAAACUAAAAGGUCACUAGUGGGGCUUUAUAUCGGUGCACCGGUCUCGUUUCAGGACCCUAAACAAGCCUAUGAAAUGAAGGGUUGUGGAUUGGGGAGUACGUGUGCUUCUGUGCGUGUGUUUGCAAGAUAUGAUGUAGCAUUUUUAAACUUGAUUUUAAGCCGUUCUUUUUUUAAACAUGGGUUACGCAUAAUUAUGUGUGCCGUUUGAUUUUGACGCUGUCUCAGGCAAUGGCAAGUGACUGUGCUGCAGUGGCGGCACCAUGUGUAUUCAAAUUAUUUUAAGAAACAACAAUCAUGAACAUUGGAAAGGUUAAAUCACAAGUUCAAGUGCCUUAGUGUUUUUAUAGAUACAUGUAUAUUGUGUGUUAAUGUAAUUGUUCUUGUUACUAAGUAUCUUGCAUUCCAAGUGACUGCGUUUGACUAAAACAGGACACGGGCAUGUAGUUAAAUGCAGGGAUUUUUUUUUUAGUGUAUGAAAGUUCAAAGCAAACUAAAUGUCCACACCCAAAAAUGUAUUCUGUUUGUUUUACUUCAAAAUGCAUGUUUUCUAGCACUACCUGUCUUGACAAUGCACUUCAAGGACAGUUGCUAAAGCCUUGAAAAGCUAAUUGUGUUCAAAUCCUCCUUACGUUAGUUAGAUUCAAUCAGAAAAGGCUUGUUAAUGGUUUGGUUGCGCUGUCCAUUGAUGAGGUUUUUACCAAAAAAGCGUCUGUCUGCAGCAUUAUAAAAUCAAAACGGUCACCUUCGUCACAUAUCUACCCGUGCAGCAAACACAACAGGACAGGUCAGACUUUUCAGUGAGCUCUAUUUGGAAGUUAAAGGAAUAGAUCAACAUUUUCAGAAAUUUUCUUACACGCUUUUUUGCCAAGUUAGAUGAGAAGAUCAAUACGAAAGUUAACAAAAUCUGCUUACCAGCACCCCUAUAGCUCAUUAAUUAACAUGUUAUAUCUCUGUGGUUUUACGGUGCUACUUCCUGGGGCCAGAUGCAUAAAACUCUGUGUAGAUUCAGGACUCAAAGUGUUUACGCGCAUAGACAGAAAUAGGCAUACGUAUUAUUUCCUACAUAUUUAUAACUACGUCUGGUUUUGUUUCAUAAAUGUCAAUAAUUGUGGAGCUGGGCACACACGCACAAGCCUGAUUUCCACACCCACAGUUUGCCAUAAAUGGAUUUAGAAAUGCCCGUAAAACAUCCGUUUGCAUAUUGAUACUUGUGCCUGCUUCACCACUCAUUAGACCUGUCACAUUCUUACUUUAUAAAUAACCAGAUUAUGUGGCAAAAGGCAUACGCAAGAUACAGUGUGUUAAUAAAUGAGCAAGCAUAAGUCGAGAAAGGGAAUCCAAGUAUUCUCGAUGAAAUCAGGGUGGUUGCAGAACAUUGUCAGCCUAAUAGGGCAUACAUUGGUUAGUAUAUAUGUAAUUUUAAAAUAAAAAGGACCCAUUUCAACAUGCAUACAUGUAAAAACCAGUUGUUAUUUACGUACAUGAGCCUUUCUGUCAUGAUGGCAUGAUCAGUGGUUUCUUGUUUGUUGGUGUGUCUCGCCUGAAGAUUACGUUCCUCACACUGAUGACAAACCCAAACCAAAGUUGUUUAAAAAUGUAAAGAUUAUAUCAGUAGGGUUUUUCUUCUUUGUGACUACCAUAAGGUACAAGAAUUGGAUGGUCUCAGUCGGUUUGUUAGGUGGAAUUAUUCCUGCCUAGCCACUUGUCCUAUCUUUCUUUUGGAUGUACAAAACAAACAUUUUUUGUUUGCAUACCUGUUUUAGCAUCGGUGACACAUCUUCAACUAGACAACGAGUACCAGCCUAUUUAAUUUCUCUGAACCCUAAAUGAUAAAACCCAGUGAUUAUCAGUGGUAUUUUUUAAAGAUGAAAAACUUUGACGAAGCAGUAUUUGUUUCUGAGACGAAAACAUGUAACUGCAUUGUCUGUUAUUAAAAAACAAAAGAGCGAAUCUGCUCUGAUAAUUUUAUGUAAUGUUCUGUGACAAGUGUAAAGAUCAGUAAAAGAAAUGUUAAAAAGA